AUGGUGAGGCAGACCAGGCGCCAAAGACCCGUCUGCGCCUGCGGUCGCCUUCACGAAGGACAAGAGGGCCUGUGCGGACUCGUCUCCCAGGCUUCAUCCGUCGUCCCCACCGACAUCGCCGUCGCGAGGAGCUCGCUGACCAUGGCGCCGUCCUACCCACCGGUGCCCAAGAAUUGCACCGUCACCGGCGGCAUGGGAUUCGUCGGCCGCCGCCUCGUCGAGAUGCUCGUCGAGCGCGGCGCCACGCGCGUCGUCGCCUUCGACAUCGCCCCCAAACCGGAAGACGCGGGCGACGAUCCGCGGAUCGUCUGGAUGCAGGGCGACCUCACCAAUCCGCGCGACGUGGACAAGGCGUGCGAGGGCAGCGAGUGCGUGUGGCACAUCGCGGCGCUCGUCGGGCCCUAUCACGCGCUCGACAUGUACAUGAAGGUCAACUACCAGGGCACCGUCAACGUCAUCGACGCGUGUAAGAAGCACGGCGUCAAGAAGAUCGUCAUGUCGUCGUCCCCCUCCACGCGGUUCGACGGGAACGACAUCAACGGUCUCAAGGAGACGGAGCUCAAGAUCCCGAGAAAGUUCCUCCAGGCGUACGCGGAGAGCAAGUGCAAGGGCGAGGAGGCGUGCAUGGCGGCGUGCGACGGCGAAAACCUGUUGACGGUGGCGGUGGCGCCCCAUCAGGUGUACGGCCCGCGCGACAUGCUCUUCCUCCACAACUUCCUCCUCAACGCGAAGCGCCUGAGGGUCUUCGGCGACGGCGAGAACCUGGUGAGCGUAUGUUACGUCGAUAACUACUGCCACGGGCUCAUACUGGGCGAGAGGGCGCUGUACCCGGGCUCCCCCGCGCUUCGCAACUUUUACAUCUGCACCGACGGCAAACCGGUGAAGCUCUGGCCGUUCAUCGACCGCGCGCUGAUGGACGUGCUCGGUCAGCCGUCUCUGUUCACCAAGUUCAAGCUGCCCGGGUGGAGUUUCAUGUACCCGCUGGGGUACUGCGUGGAGAGCAUCGGGGCGUUGCUGGGCAAGAAGUUCAAGCUCACCACGUUCUCCGUGCGCAUGUUGUUGAUCAACCGGUGGUUCGACCCGUCGCUGAGCAAACGGGACCUCGGGUACGAGCCCAUCGUGGAACCCGAGGAGGCGUGGCGCAGGACGGUGACGUGGUUCAAGGAGGAGUGGAUGCCGGUGCACGGACCGCAGCCGGAGUUCCAGAGCUUCUAGACGCGACGGGAAACGUCCGCGAUAGCACCGCAAAUUUAUUCAACGAGUCAUCGACCUGACAAC